UACAUCGUGACAACAGAAGGUCAGACAUGGCAGCCUCCACAAAAGGACUCGAAAAAUGUAUAAUUUCGUUGAGGUUAUGUCGAAAUUUGCAGUUUAAAAAUGAACGAUAUCUUUCAACAUCUCUGUGUUGUCGUGCUGACGGGGACCAACCUAAAUUUGUCCCUCCGACCAAACCUGUCAUCACAGAUAAGACGCAGACUGUAGCAUCUCUGCGAAAGUUUCUGAGCCCAGAGUUCAUUCCUCCCAGGCAGAGGACAAAUCCUUUAAAGUUUUUCAUUGAGAGGAAAGACAUGAUUCGCAGAAGGAAAGUGCUCGAUAUCCCCGAGUUCUAUGCCGGGAGCAUCCUUGCAGUGACUAUGGCCGAUCCCAGUGCCAGUGGGAAAACCAACCGCUUUGUUGGUAUCUGUGUACAAAGAGGUGGAAAAGGGUUAGGGGCCACAUUCAUCUUGAGGAACAUCAUUGAUAAUCAAGGUAUAGAGCUCUGUUAUGAGCUGUACAACCCUCGUAUACAGAGAAUCGAAGUGCUGAAGCUGGAGAAAAGACUGGAUGACAACCUAAUGUACCUGAGAGACGCUCUGCCUGAGUACAGCACUGUGGAUCCCGAAAUGAAGCCUGUGUCAAUCCCUCCUACUGGAGAGGUGCCUGUAAACAAGAUCAAAGUACGAAUGCGCCCAAAGCCGUGGUCCAAACGCUGGGAACGGCCCAAGUUCAACAUCCAAGGCAUUCAGUUUGACCUCUGCAUGACACCUAGACAGAUGGAAUUCGUCCAGCAGAAGUUUGCACAGCCUUGGCAGGAGUAUGACAUGCUGAAGGAGUAUGACACCUCUGAACUGGAAGAGAAGAUCUUCACUGAAGUCCAGCAGGAGAUGAGCAAGUGAGGAAAAUCAUCCAAUGUUGCAAACAAGCUUCAGUUUAACCCUCGGUGCAGACUUUUCCAGGAACGAGAAAUUAUUGAAAAACCAAGUUUCUGUGGAUGUGUUGCCUGUUUUAAGUCCAGCGGCUGACUGCAGCCACAUCACUGUAUAUGAGGAGGAAGCAGUGUGGACACCGGUAUUCUGCUGAAGAUUGUCUCCUGUAUGUUGUUUCUGACACUUUGCUAAAUGCAGCACUGCUAUGCAGAAAUAAAGGAUUUUACAUAAUAAAAUCAAUUUCCAAGCUUUAA